AUGGCAAGCCUCAACAAGCUGAAGAAAGCUCUUCGAGAGCAGGCAACACAAGCUGCGCCAGCAUCACAAAGGAUACCACUAUCCGACUCUCAGUACGAGGACGGCUUCAAGACCUUGAUCGAUGGUCUCGGAAACUGCGCAUACCAGGACUUCAUCAUACCGCAACUGUCGCAGAUUCUGGCACCACUCCUCGACUCUGGACGCACGAUCUCGGUGCUGGAAGUUGGUCCGGGCCCAGAGAGCGUGCUCAGUCAUUUUCCCGACCUAUUGAGGCACAAGAUCAAGCGGUACACUGCGUUCGAGCCCAACGUAUUGUUCGCAGAGAGAUUGCAGCAAAGCUUGAGCUUGGCGUCAGACACAACUUCGCCGCUGCCAUGCCUGGAAGGUGCACCAAAGAUUCAUCACGUUGCCUUUGCUCUGGAUACUUCCGCCGGUGUCCUUGAAGACGGUAAUGAGGAGAAGUUCGAUGUUGUGUUGUUCUGCCACAGCAUGUACGGCAUGAAGCCAAAGCGAUCAUUCAUCGAGAAGGCGUUGAGUUUGCUCAAGGAAAAGCCCGCAAAUGGCAUGGCGGUCGUGAUUCAUCGAGAGAGCCUGGACUUCGGAGGUUUGACCACUCAUUGUUCGACUUCCGGUCCAACAAUAAUCCGCGUGAAUGACGGAGACGAAACGUUGAAUCGCUUUGCGCCAUUCAUCGCUGGAUACGUCAUGGAACAAGAUGAUGUGAAGGAGGCCGUCCAGCGGCGAUGGCGACAAGUCUGCCGCGAACUGGCUGAGCGCGAAGACAUCCGUGAAAGGAGUCUUCUCUUCCGCUCGCACGACACGAUCACAGCCUUCACCUCAGAGGACAACGCCGGGUCGGACCCAAUGACACAACUGCCCUUGGAUCGAAGCAGUGUUGUCGUCAAGAACCGAGAGGCUCGUAUUCAUCGCCCUGCCGCGGUUCUCAAGCCGAGAAGCAUCGAGGAAGUCCAGAAGUGCGUCCACUGGGCUCUCAAGUAUGGAAAAAGUCUGACUGUAGUCGGUGGAGGGCACAGCGACCAUUGUCUUGAGCCAGAUGUCGUCGGAAUUGACAUGAGUGCCUUCCAUCUGAUUGAUGUCGCAGACACAGAAGUCAACCAUACCGAUCCAAUCGUUGUCGUAGGAGCCGGCUGUAAGUCAGGAGACAUCAUCGCCGAAACAAUGGCGAAAGGCUUGACCGUAGUGCUCGGAUCCCGUCCGAGUGUCGGUGCCGGCUUAUGGCUUCAAGGCGGCAUCGGGCAUCUGGUUCGGCAGUACGGACUGGCGUGUGAUGCGAUCGUCGGUGCUGUGGUUGUCAGCGUCGCUACCGGAGAGGUCCUUUGCAUUGGAUAUGUACCGGACCAGCACCAGCCUCCCAACGCGUUGCGACCGAAGAAUGAGGAAGAUCUGUUGUGGGGUUUGAGAGGCGCAGGCACAAAUUUCGGAAUCGUGAUCAGCGUCACUCUCAAGGCUCACCCUGCUCCACAGUACUCAGUGCAGAGCUGGAUAAAGCCCAUGAGCUCCAGUGACGAAGCUCGAGUCAUGUUGCGACGAAUUGAUGAGCAAGUGGUGAAGAAGCUUCCACGACACCAGUCUGCAGACGCCUAUCUGUUCUCGGAGGCAGGCAAGCUCCAUCUCGGUGUCAGCCUCUACGAGAGCUUCAUCAGCGAGCCUCCUUCGUCAAACUCGCUACUGGAGACAGUCCUAGGACCAGCUCUUGGCACUCAAGUCGUGGAUUGCAUCGGGCUGUUCGACACAGAGAUGUACAUGUCGGGUAUGCAUGGUGGACACGCAGGUGGCAAGACGUCUUCCUUCAAGCGAUGUGUGUUCCUCAAGGACAUCGGCGCCGCUGAUAUCGCAGAGAAGCUCACGGCCGCCAUCGAGAAUCGUCCUCCGCCUGCGCCACGCUGCUAUCUUCAUCUCCUCCACGGCAGCGGAGCGGUCGCAGAUGUGGUCCCAUCGGAGACUGCUUUCGGCUGUCGAGACUGGGAGUAUGCUUGUGUUGUGACUGCAGUCUGGGCUCGUGAUCGAGACGGGACUGAUUCCGCCCAGAUCGCUACUCAGUGGGUGUACGACGUUAUCGCAGAUCUGCUGCCAUUGAGUUCCGGCGUUUACGGCGCUGAUCUUGGUCCAGACCCUCGUGAUGCCGCUCUGGCAGUCAAGGCAUUUGGACCGAAUGGACGCCGUCUGGCACGACUGAAGGAGCGCUGCGACCCACACAAUGUGUUGGCAUACACAUGUCCGCUUCCGUGUCUGAAGAAGCAUCAAAAGCUUGUCGUUCUCGUCACUGGCGACAGCUGUGCCGGCAAAGACUUUUGCGCAAAAGUCUGGGCCUCCUUUGUGACAACUCAGAAUUUCAACGUCCACAUUGCGAGCAUCAGUGACUCUACCAAAAGAGAUUACGCAGACUCAAAAGGCGCCGACUUGAAGCGAUUGCUGGAAGCAGGAGAAUACAAAGAGGACCAUCGGCUCGAACUGACGGCUUACUAUAAAGCUCAAGUCCAGCAGCGGCCUCAAUUGCCAGUGGAACAUUUCUUGGACGUAGUCCAGCAAGCCGGAGAUGUGGACGUGUUGUUCAUCACUGGUAUGAGAGACGAGGCACCCGUGGCGAGCUUCGCUCAUUUGGUCUCGGAAAGUCGAUUGAUCGAGGUAAAUGUCCAAGCUUGCGGAGAGUCACGAAGAGAUCGUGGAGGAGUCAUUGCAGGAGACGACGCCAUCCCAGAACAAGGAGGCAAGAGCAAGCCAACCCUUGUCUUCAGGAACGAGGUGGCCGGCCAUGAAGCGGCAGUGACAUUCGCCAGAGACGCUGUCCUCCCGCUGCUUCAUGAAGACCUGCAACGACUUGCCGGGCUAGUACGUUCAGUGCCAGACUUCCCACGCCCAGGAAUCAAUUUCCGAGACAUCAUCGGUAUUUUCCAGCGGCCAGGCGGUCUCAACCUGUGUGCGAAAUUGAUGCGGUCCCAUUUUGCAGGAGACUGGACGACCGUCGAUGCCAUCGUCUGCUGCGAGACAGGCGGCUUCCUCUUUACGCCGCCUCUGGCUGCGCUGGUCAACUUGCCAAUGGUCAUCAUGCGGGAAGCCGGCAAGCUUCCUCCGCCGACUGUGAGUGUUGUCAAGUCUGCCUCGUACAUCUCGUCAUCGUCAUCGUCAGGAGAGACAUCAAUGCAGAAGACGAUCGAGAUGGGCCGUGAUGUAUUGGCGAAAGGCGCAUCCGUUGUCGUUGUGGAUGACGUCCUUGCGACUGGAGAGACACUUUGCGCUGUGUUGGAACUGUUGAAAGUGGCUGGUGUUGAUGCCGUCGAUAUUGCGGUCAUUGUCGUAGCUGAGUUCCCGCUUCAUCGAGGUCGGGAGUUCUUGCGCCGGCGAGGUUUCGGUGGAGUCAUGAUCCAGAGCGUUCUGGUACUGGACGGUAAAUAG